ACUAUAUAAAGGGUAUAUACCGGUAUCCAAGAUAAACUUAUCUUAUGGCUUACUCGAUCUCUGUAUUUAUUAUAAACUACAAUUGGACUCCGAAUAGAUAUAAACAUUGGCCACGUUAUUUUAUUUCCUGGUAGUAGGACUUGUUCAACAGAAGAAACUUUAACAAGCACAGUUCGUUUACGCUACAAAGGGAUCGAAUGACAAUCGACUGAAAUGAAGGUUUUUGUUUCAUGUUUAUUUAUGUGACAUAUGUUACUGUAUACUACAACCGGAUCUAUUGUUUAAACAGGAUCGUUUAUUAAAGUCACUUACAAAAUGGAUAAUCAAAUAAAGUUGGUUACUAAAUUUCUAAAAUUAAAACGUGAAGCAAAAUUAAAAGGAAUUUCUGAUGAUCAAGUCUAUAAGAUUUUCAAAGAGGAAAAAGAUUUAAAUCAAAACGAACAAAAACCCAAAGUUGACGAAAGAAUUAAAAAGCGCAAUCUUAGACUGAUUUUCUUAGGAGGGAUACUUCCUAUUAUAUUCGGAGUUUUGUUUAUGUUUUACAACCAGAAGGAAGAUUUUAUCCACUCAAUCACAGAAGCUAGAUGUGCAGUAGACAAUUCCGGAAUGUUUAUAGAAGUUGCAAGACCUCUAACUAACUGUGAAAUGUGCCGAAAUUUACACCAAGUGCCUAAUGAAUAUGAAAUUUCUGUAGAAGAUUUCUCAAAGAAAUACGCUUAUACUGCAGUGCCGGUGCUAAUAAAAGAUGCAACGAAAAACUGGACCGCCAUGAACACUUUCAGUUACGACUUUUUAAAAGAACUGUAUGUCAAUACGACAGAUGCCUUUGAAGUUACUGAAGAAGAAUGUCAGUUCUUCCCUUACAAAACAGACUUUGAAACUUUAGAAGAUGCCUUCAAUAUGACUGAUGACAGAGCUCACUUUAAAGAGGGAGAAAAAACGUGGUACUUUGGGUGGAGUAACUGUCAUCCUGAUAUAUCAACGAUUUUACGAAAACAUUACAACCGACCGUAUUUUUUACCAAAUGAUUCCGAAUCCAGUUCUUUAGAUUGGAUAUUUAUGGGAGGAUCUGGUCUUGGUGCUUUUGUUCAUUUAGAUUAUGUACAAAGGCCAUCAUGGCAGGCUCAGAUUUCUGGCAAAAAGACGUGGACUUUGGUCCCAACACCAGAGUGUGAGGAUAUUUGUCAUUCAAUGAAUGUCACAGUUCAUAAAGGGGACAUCUUUGUGGUAGACACAAACCAAUGGUACCAUUCUACUUUCAUUCACCCCGGAGAAGUUAGCAUUACAAUUGGAUCUGAAUAUGACUGACGUGUUUUACAGUAAAACAUCAUGUUUCUUUUGUUCGAACUUAUUUUAAUACAAAAAUGAAUGCUAAAAUUAAAAUAAAACCUUAACUAUUUUAAUUGAUAAACUAUAGCUUGAUUGAACAGCUGCUUCUCACGGUGUAAGGAUACACUAUAGGAACAUAAGUACCUGAACAGCAAUGAUACGUCCGUUUUUAUAAGUGGAGAGUAAAAUUAUCUUCUGACUCAAAUACGAAUCUCAUUGAAAGUAAUUUGAAUAAUAUUAUGAAUAUAUGAUAUUAUAUAUUUUAAAAUUGUGUACCACAUGCGAAAGUGCUCAUUAAAUAUAUUUUCUGA